GUUGUUUGGAGUUUCGUACUCCCGGCGGCAGGGCGCGCAUAUGCAUCGUCAACCGUCAAAGCCACUCCCGACAACGGCCGCGCCUAUUACGCCGUCGCUGUCUCCCCCACAGUCCCCUUCUUUUUUCUCUGCACGAUGGCGAACACCAAGCUCGGUGCCACCGCAAAAGCGUCGUCGUCUGUCUACGCCCGGACGGGCUGCUUCGAUUUCAGUGCAAGACCAGCCUAUUGGCUUUGACCAGGCAAAGGCCGAGUCUGAGAGGCGCUUAUUGGAUGUAUGGGACAGACUUGCGGAACGCUAUUCUCGGAGAAUCGACGAAGACGACAUUAUAGACCUCGUUACGGGCGACGUGAUCAAAGACAGAGGGGUCCUGAGGUCCAUGGAUCGGUGGGAAGUUGGAAGAUUCGCCGAUGAGGAUGAGGGGAACGAUGAUAGGUCGGCUGGAGAGGAAGAGGAAGUCCUUGAGGAAGGGAGCACAGAUGAGCUGGAUUGUCUUGGUGAUUCUGCCGAAGAGGCUGAUCUUUCACUUUUGGGGCGAUCUGUCGUACCGUCCCAAGCUAUCGAUCCUGAUGAUCCUGACGACGCAGAGCUUUUGAAGGAAUUUUCAGAGGCGGAGAGGCGUCGGAAGGAGAUAUGUGGUAGCGAGGAGGAAGAUGUGUAUACGAUCGACGAUGGUGACCACAAUGCCCAGAACAGUGACCAUCGCACAGACGAUGAUGAAGAAAGCGACAACGAAGUACAGGUUCUGGAGAGCGCGCCACAUACACCGAACCAAGACCACGUCUCGGAUUCUGACGAUGAUUUCUGUCCAUGGGGUGAAGACGAUGCCGGUUUGCUAGAAGAAGUGACAGAAAUCAAGACCAUCGAUCCCGACGUCGUCCCUACAUUACCAUCUUCUACCCCUGUGGCCCCGCCUUCUUCUAGCAAGCCUAACAAGCUCUUGCGUAAAUCCUCCACGUCUCCUUCAAAACCAACUAAAAAUCCUGCGAGACCCCCUCUUCCACAGCUUCAAACUCCCCCUCGUUCGUCUUCGUCCGUUCCACCUGCUGAAGUUGACGAUGUAGAGCCCUUUGCUAUUCCAUUACCGUCCCCUUCACCUACACCAACGCGUCCUGAGUCUGAACAAUCAACUUCACAUCCAAGAACGCGUUCAAGUGGAUCAACACCUAGGCCAUCUAAAUCCCGGACCCUCUUUCGCGUUGAAGACUCCGAGACGCCGCCUCCUCGUUUGGACUUAACCAAGAUGAAUAAAGGAAGCAAGCGCCUCUCUCCGAUAAAGGCCUCAAAGAAGAUAAAGUCACAAGCAGUGGUCGCAGAAACUCCCCAACCGCAAUCCACAGUACAGAAGAAACGCCUUAAAGCCGAGGUUGUCAUUGUCAAACAGCCACGGUCUCAAUCCCGGACCAGGGAAGUCGAAGGACAGAAAAGGACAGAAAGGGAACAGAAAAUGUUCAAAGGAAAGGGAAAAUUAGUGUUGACUCCGGAGAACGUUGACGAAAAGAAGACGCCUCAACAACGUUCUAGCGAAGUUCAUAAUCUGGACCUCGGUUAUGAUAGCGAUGGUCCUGGUGAAGAGACUGACAUAUCUCCCCCAAGCUCUCCAUUGAAGGGUAAGGGCAAGGGCAAGGCAGUUGCUUUUCCCGCAAGUUCAAGAGGGAAUCAAACAUCUUCACGGAAGAGAAUCGAAGAUCUAGCGUCAGCAGACGAAAAUGUAACACGAAAGCGCAAACGGGUUUCAGACGUACAUGUUGAUCCUAGUUCUUCGAAGCUCGACAUUUCUUCGCGAUACACCAGACCUACCACUCCCGCACCUGUCAGUGAUCGUGAAUCAUCUGUGGAAGUCCCGUAGAAAUCGAGAGACCUCCAACAAAAAAUAUUAUAGCGAAGCGGCGGUCCAAGACGAAGCUCAAGUCACCUGAAUCAGACGACGAGGUAUAUUCAUUCCAUUGGGAUUCACCCGAUGCCCCACCUCGACGCUCGC